GGUGAGAUUAUCUCCGCCUGUGCUGGACACCUCCCUUUCUCCUGCAGCCAUGGAUGCCGCUCUGCUCCUGAACGUGGAAGGGGUCAAGAAAACCAUUCUGCACGGGGGCACGGGCGAGCUCCCAAACUUCAUCACCGGAUCCCGAGUGAUCUUUCAUUUCCGCACCAUGAAAUGUGAUGAGGAGCGGACAGUCAUUGACGACAGCCGGCAGGUGGGCCAGCCCAUGCACAUCAUCAUCGGAAACAUGUUCAAGCUCGAGGUCUGGGAGAUCCUGCUUACCUCCAUGCGGGUGCACGAGGUGGCCGAGUUCUGGUGCGACACCAUCCACACAGGGGUCUACCCCAUCCUGUCCCGGAGCCUGAGGCAGAUGGCCCAGGGCAAGGACCCCACAGAGUGGCACGUGCACACAUGCGGGCUGGCCAACAUGUUCGCCUACCACACGCUGGGCUACGAGGACCUGGACGAGCUGCAGAAGGAGCCUCAGCCUCUGGUCUUUGUGAUCGAGCUGCUGCAGGUUGAUGCCCCGAGUGAUUACCAGAGGGAGACCUGGAACCUGAGCAAUCAUGAGAAGAUGAAGGCGGUGCCCGUCCUCCACGGAGAGGGAAAUCGGCUCUUCAAGCUGGGACGCUACGAGGAGGCCUCUUCCAAGUACCAGGAGGCCAUCAUCUGCCUAAGGAACCUGCAGACCAAGGAGAAGCCGUGGGAGGUGCAGUGGCUGAAGCUGGAGAAGAUGAUCAAUACUCUGAUCCUCAACUACUGCCAGUGCCUGCUGAAGAAGGAGGAGUACUAUGAGGUGCUGGAGCACACCAGCGACAUUCUCCGGCACCACCCAGGCAUCGUGAAGGCCUACUACGUGCGUGCCCGGGCUCACGCAGAGGUGUGGAAUGAGGCCGAGGCCAAGGCAGACCUCCGGAAAGUGCUGGAGCUGGAGCCGUCCAUGCAGAAGGCGGUGCGCAGGGAGCUGAGGCUGCUGGAGAACCGCAUGGCGGAGAAGCAGGAGGAGGAGCGGCUGCGCUGCCGGAACAUGCUGAGCCAGGGUGCCACGCAGCCUCCGGCAGAGCCACCCACAGAGCCACCCGCACAGUCAUCCACAGAGCCACCUGCAGAGCCACCCCCAGCACCAUCUGCAGAGCUGUCCGCAGGGCCACCUGCAGAGACAGCCACAGAGCCACCCCCGUCCCCAGGGCACUCGCUGCAGCACUGAGCCCCCUGAGGCCCACAGCCACCCAGGCAGGGAGCAAGUGGCCUGGUCACUUCUGGUUCGAUUGACCAGGAUCGUGGUGUCACUUUUUAAAAUUUAAAAUUAAUUUUUGAAAUCAAAGUCAGACACACCCAUGGUAAAAAAAAAAAUCCCAAGGGUACAGAAGAGCUUAUGAAUAAAAGUAGUUUUCUCCUCUA